GCUAGCCUCGCCGCCAUGACACUCUACUACUCCAUAUGCUUCGUCCUCCUCAUGGCAGAGCUCUCGCUCUUCUGCACGAUCGUCUGCCCCAUGCCGUUCGCAAUCCGCAAAAAGAUGUUCCAUUUCCUGAGCGAGAAUCCUGUCGUAGCGAAAAUUCAGUACGGGCUGAAAAUCACAUUCAUAUUUGUCGCGGUCCUCUUUGUGGACGCCCUUCAAAGGAUGGUUAGGAUUGCGCAGGAGGGCGCGACGGCCAAGAUGAAGCAGGACAUGACAGAUGCCAGGACCGAGACUAAUUACGCCGCUCGACGAUUCUAUGCCCAGCGAAACUUGUACUUGACCGGUGCUACCCUUUUCCUUUCCCUCCUCCUCGCCCGCGUCUUUUACAUCAUCCUUGACUUUAUCCAAGUCCAAGAAAGCUAUACUGCUCUUCAAGCAAAGACGGCCAAGGCCAGUGGUGCGGCUGGUGAGAAUGAAGAGUUGAGGAACAGAAUUGCCGAGUUGGAGGCAAAAGAGCGUGAUUUCGAAACUCUCAAGAAGCAAGCUUCGCAACAGAAUGCCGAGUAUGGCCGCCUGGCUGAUGAGCACAAUCGGGCUGCUGGCGCCGUAUCGGACAAGAAGGCAGAUUAGAUUUGAUUGCUUUGGGCAAACUGUUUUAGGCCAAUCUGUUUUUUGAGCAAAUGGUUUCCCAGAUUGCAGGGGAAGAAUCCAUGGAUGUCGCAGAAAGUGUUGUCAAUUCGUUCGUCGUGAUUAUCAUGAACAUUAGAUGAAUGACAACGAUAUGAACCAGGAUAAUUAUC